UCUCUUUCCACCGAUCUUCAGGAUCGAUUGUGCGUCCAUGCGAUGCGUUCACACAGGGAGGCAGGGAGCAAGGACAGAUAAACUUGUCAGCAGCUCUGUCAUGCCGGAGCCACAGCCAGCAGCAGUGCGAGCCCUCAGACAGACAAGUGUGUGUCCGUCCGUCUGUCUGUCUGUCUGUCUGUCGAACGCGUGACGACACACACAGAAGUGUUCCCAUGACAGGCAGGCUGUGUCUGCCCCUCCUCGGAGUCCUCCCAUAGUCAGGCAGGCAGGCAGGCCCUCUCUAUAGACAUGUGCAAACCUCAUUUGCCAGCCAAUCCAACACGUGGGCACCGCGUGGGCAUCGCAUCAAUCAGUGGACUUAGCUGUGGAGUGGGCGGGCGGCAAAAAAUAGCGGUAGGUGCCGUGGCGCCAACCGACAGACAGACAGACAGACAGAUGCCAGCUGAAAAGCCUCGAGCGCACCAACCACACACAUACACGUAGAGAGCUAGAGAUGCACGUUGCACGAUCCACGUGAAGAGAAUACAGACAACCCUUAGGUGUCUGUCACCCAUCAGAACACACACACGAGCUGACCCUCACACAUGCACACGCACUCCAAUGUGGCCACAUACAGAGCAGAUGUGGCAGCAUACAGAGCAUCACCAUUGACGUGACGUGUACGGCGGCAGCAGCAGCAGCAGCAGGAAAACCGCCCGCUCGUGUGAGAGCUUUGAGCCGAGUGGAGGGAGCCGAUAGAAGGAGAGAGGGGGAGAGGGGGGGUCACUGAAUUAAUUAAAGGGGCAGCAAACAAGCAGUCAGUGUUGGCUUGGCUCUUCUGUCUUCUGUUCUGUUCUGUUCUGUCCUGCGUGUGCAUCGAUCGUAUCGAUUCGUGUGUGUCACAAACAAAAGAUACAUAGGCCAAAAUGAAAGUAAUGGCCAGGGACCCACCAUGCGAUGCGAUGCGACGCGCCUAAACCCUCCUCCCCUCCCCUCCCCCGCCGUCUUAUAAAAUCGAUCGAAGCCCCAAAAGAGUGUUUGCAUCCUGUGCUAUUGCGCAUAUCGAGGAAUGAAUCAAUCAAGUGUAGUUAGGUAGCAAAUCCUAGUAUGUACCACCAGCAGCACCAGCACCGUGACCCAUCCCAUGCCAUCCCAUACACACACAGGCUCCCAUACUCACAGACACACACUAAGGGGGACCAAAAAUAUAUCCGCACGAAGCGAAGCCAUCACCGCCCACGUCAUGUGACGUGACGGCCCAUCCGUCCAUCCUUCUCCCCAUUUCCGUGCGGAAAAAUACUUACACCUUCUCGAUGGACACGCAAUCAAACCCACACACACGACACGCACCAGCACGGCAGGCAGACAGACCGAGUCGCUCGAUAGUUCCUAGAGACCAAAAGGCAGACGACGAGAGGAAGACAGACAGACAGACAGACAGCGGCAGCGAGGGAAGAAGCCCUCUGACAACACACACACAUCAGCUGUGCUGUCGCAGUGACACCUGUGUGUGUGUGUGUGGAGGGAUCUAAUGCAACAAGUGCUUCUCUACAGAGGAGAGAGGAGAGCCAGCUAAGUGGCCGGCAGGGGCACACACACACACGUUGAGAGAAAACACUUGGACAACACAAGAAGGUCCAUCCAUCCAUCCAUCCGUGCAGCAUCUAGCUGAGAGAGAGGGAGGGGGCAUCGACUAAACAAAGUGUUACUCGCUCUCUCUCCUCUCUGUAUGUGUGCCUGUGUGUGGAGGGGUGCGUGGCGUGGGCGGGUUGGUGGCUUGAAAGGGAUCAAAACGGAACAAAACAUGUGUGUGUGUGUGUGUGUGUGCGGACUAAGGUGUCUGAAUCUGUCUGUGUGAGAGUGAGUGAAUGUCCUUAGCACGUGUCGGAUGACUGACAGGUAAGUGACAGGUAAGGCAAAGGAGCGAUCAUUGCCGCAUGGGUGGUGGUUGAGGCACACACACACACACACGCCAUCCGAUGGAGGGAUGGAGGGACACGCCAUCCGAUGGAGGGACACGCCAUCCGAUGGAGGGAUGGAGGGAUGGCUGGAUGGAGACCUGUGAACAAAUUCAAACAACACACAACCGACACGACACACGACAGAGUGAGACAGAGUGAGACAGGGUGGCUGGAUGCACGUGUCGCUCGCUGCUCAUGGGGAGGUGAACCAAUGAAUGAGCAGCAGACAGACAGACAGACGGACAGACAGACAUUCUCUCAUCGAUCCAAAAAGGGAAAGGGGUCGACCAAAAAACACCAACACCAGCCAAUGAACAGACACAUGGAAUGGACAGAUCAACACAAUCAUACGGUCAGUCAUCGCACCGGGCGUGCAGAAUACACACACACACACACACACACACAGAAAUAUAAAACACCAACGUUCAUUUAGAUGGUGCGGCCGCGGUGCGUUAGUUACAUAAAAGAAAAUUCCAGGUUUCUAUGUAUUUGCUGCAAGUAGGUGUGGAUGAUCCAUCCAUGCCAACCGAAUACACAUAUGGAUACACAGCUCACGGUGGGACUAGACAGACAGACAGACUAGUGGACAGAAAGAGAGAGGGACAAGCGUCGCAAAAAGGCCGGCCCAUCCAGACGCCACAGCACUCCAGACGGACGGACGGAGGGAGGGAGGCAGGACACGCAGUCUCGAUAGUCGACUAAAUCACUCGCACGCACUCACGCACGCACGCACGCAGUCGCACAUUCACUCACUCACUCAAAGAUGCAUGACGUGUGGAUGGAUCGGCUCAUGGAUAGAUUGGUCAGGUAUGCGACACAAACGUGGAUGUGCAUGUGUGUGUAUGUAUGUGUGUGUGUGUGUGUGUGGGCUGGUUGUGUGCAACAGGCCGCCAAUCCUCACGUCAGCAUAUCGCCAGAGAGAGAUGAGGGCCGCACAGCACAGCACAGCACAGCACAGCACAGCGCAGCGCAGCGCAGCAGAGCCCUCCUCUCUGCGCUGCACACUCAUAUAUUCCUCUCUCAUCCAUGCCAUGCCAUGCCAUGCAGCAAUCACUAUUCUCUUCAAAACACCCCAACCUCCCUCAGGCUCAGACUUGACUCAUGCGGGCGCACACGCACUCUCCCAAACAGCCAGCCCAGCCAGGCAGCAAGACGGACAGCCGAGCGGACAGACAGACAGACAGACAGACGCACCGAUCGAUGGAUGCAUUGUCGCACGGCUGGCUGGCUGAUGGAUAAAAAGGCAGGCGGGCAGGGAGCUCGUUGGACGGCAACACAUCCACCACGAUCCCAGAUACCCCACUCCCACCCGAUGGAUCAAUCAAUACUGUCCCAUUUCUCCCCAUAUGAGAGUGAAAAAGAGAGACAGACAGACAGACAGACAUCGGUGCUCCCAUUCUCUCCUCCACUGCCCCCCUCUCGGCUCGCAGCUCGACCCGUCCGCACUCACUCAUCCGUUCGUUCGACAGCGAAAAAGACAUAGAUCCACACACACGAGAGCGCUCAUGGACACACACAGACACACGGGCGGACGAAGGCAGAGAGAGAGGGGAGACCGCCAGAUGGAGGGAGCAUUGGAAGAAGGCCACACACAUCACAUUACAUCACACGACAGGACACGCCACGCAUUGACAUAAACAAAGACCCCAAAUUCGCAUAUAUCAUCCGUUGAGCCAUUCAUCCGUUCACUCAGGCAGACAUCACAUGCAUGCAUGUGAGCCAAUCAAUGAAUGGAAUGAAAUGAUACGAUACGAUACGAUACAGGUUGGUGCGCUCUCUUCUCUCGAGUGAUUGACUCACUCAUCUCGGCUGGCUGCAUGUGUGUGGGUGUGUGUCAGCCCAGCCACACGCGCAGACACAAAUACAUACAAUCCUUCCCACAGCCAUCCCAUCCAGCCAGCCAUCCGUCAGUCAGUCAGUCAGUUCGCUCGGGAGGCUUGUACAUAUCUCACUCAUCUCACAUAUGCGACUUGGUGUGUCUGUCGCAGGAAUGAGCAUCAGCCAGCGGUCAUACAACAUACUGACGGCUCAAAACCUCCCACAACUAUCUAAUGCAAUGAAUGGCGCGCAUGUGUGUGUGUGUGUUGGAUGCCAUCAGUCGUCAGCCGUCGGCUGGCUGGUCACUCACUCACUCACUCGUCAUAGCUGGAGGGAGCCGCAGCAAGAAGCUCUGAAUGGGCCAUCCAGUCACACCAGGCACACACAGACACACACAGACACAGGCACACAGGCAUGCGUGUGAGAUGUGAUGUGAUUGAUGCACUCGUUUCCGCUCGUCAGCUAGUCAUUGUCUCACCCUCUUUGCUGACGGCGAAUCCCUCCAGCCACAGUGCCCUCUUGUCCCCCUUGCUCCCCGCCUGCUGGUGGUGGUGUUGGUGGUGCUGGUGACGGCUGCCGGCCGAUGAGGCGCUGCUCUGGCGCAUCAAGGCAGACGCAGGUAGCAGAGGAGUGUCAUCCACUGGUGUGGUCAACGGUGGGGCGGGCAACGGAGAGGGAGACGGGAAAAAGGGCAGCAACGCCACUGGGCCGCCGCCACUGGAUGCGGCACCCGCCGUGCUGCCCACCAGCAGCGGCGAGACCACCCCACUGCCCUCGGGGGUGUUGACGAGUGGCCCCUCGACACGCAUGAGGGCCUUGCGGGGCGAGAGUGACACGAGCAUGGCUGCGCAUGGCAGGUGGUAGGGCUGUCUCUCCGGCGAGCACGGGGAGCUGGUGCUGCUGGGCGACGAGCAUGGCGAGGGGGUGGUGCAGGUGGACGAGUGGUGGAGGGAGAGGGAUGGGGAGGCGGAGGGGCGGGGAGGGCUGGGGUGGUGGUGGUGCGGAGGGGCGGAGCCGCGGUUGAUUUCCUCUGUGCCGUGGGCCCACCGACAGUUGACAUUCUCACACAAACCUGAUCGAUUCGUCCAGCAUACACACAUACUGUCAGACGAGACGUGGUGUAGUGGUUGUGUGCCAUGGUGUGGUGUGGUGUGGUGACCGGCAAGCCAAGCCUUGCAGAUGUUCUUCUUCUUGAAUGCAGGUGUCGCCCUCAGUUCCGCCAGUGAGUGGGCGUACUGGCAGUGGGGGUUGCCGCAGUCGGGCCUGCUGUAUGUGGAUGACCGCUGGAUGUGCGGACACAGAGAAGUCUUGCGCAAAUCGGGCUGGCUGCGGAGGUCCUGCAGACAGACAGACAGACAGACAACGAAAUGCAUUCAGUGGUCGGCAGGCGCCUACGUAUGAGCACAUACCUCUGGCCCGUGCGCAUAGCGACAAGCCGCACCCCAAUAGCACCUGCAAGUACGGAAGAACAAAACAAACCAAUCACAUGUUCACAUGUCUGGUAACAAACCCGACAGUGAGGCGUACCGAUUCUUAGUCGUGUCUGGGUCGUACCAACGACACAGCCUGACACCCACAUGUGGGCACAGGACACACACAAAUCACACAACACACACCACAGUGCUGGCGGAGGCCUCGCUUACAAGCGCUCACCGUGUUUUGUGGAACUAAGUUGCACCACACCGUCACCCAGGUACACACCACACACCAAAACCAACACAAACACAACAGACAGACAGACAGAAAACUGAGACAACACUCGAGGCGGUGGCGUCUUUCUGCUCAUCGGUGCUUCCUCACCUGAGUGAAGUAUCUGUUGCGGAAGUCAGGGCUCUCUCUUUCGUCCACCAGACUCUCAGUGACGCCCGAUGACUCCUCGCCUCGCCGCGACGUCAUCUCGCUGUGAGGUCAGACAGCGAGCCCAGAAACUAAUUGCUGGCUGGCGGAGAGCUUUUGAUGGCGCAGGGUGCGCCUUUGCCCUCCCCGCUCGGCGGGCAGCCCCGGUCCGACGCACUUGUCUGCAGAUCUUGGCUGGGGAUGCGGUAGUUCUGGCUGUGCGGGGACGCUUGCGGCUCUCUCCCUGUUGGCUUAUUGGAGAAAGGGAAGAAAGUGAGGAAGAUGGUUGGGGCAAAG